AUGCCUUCGCACAUAACGAAUCCAGAUUCAGACCUCAAGUCGCUCGCUCUGGCGGUGAAAAAGAAAUUUGACGUGGCGAUCGCCCAAGGAGAUGCGUUUUUCUAUCCCUCCGAAAAGAUCACUGUGCAAGAAUCCGAGGCGACUGGGGUGUUGUGGCAGAUUCGAACUGUUCCGGCGCUGUUGAAGAAACCGAAAGCCAACGGUACCGACUCUUGCUCUGAAGAAACAGAACAGCAAGCGAAUGAGAGCAAGCCGGAGCAGAACAAGUCGGACGUGUUCGCCCCGCCUUACGUGCCCAACCUGGUGGUGCGCGAGCUGGCGGAGCAUGUGAUGCUGCUGAACAAAUUCUGCGUCGUCCCAGAGCACUUUCUGAUGGUCACACGCGAGUUUCAAAGCCAAGACCUACCGCCUUCGCCAGCAACACUUUCUCUCGCCUACCGCAUCGUCUCCGCUCACCGAUCCACCGCUACAGAAUUACUAGCAUUCUAUAACUGCGGUACGAACUCUGGUGCAUCCCAACCACACCGUCACCUGCAGUUCGUCCAAUGUCCACCACUCGAUACGACGAGCGCAGAAGCAGUCGAUUCAAGCCGCUUGACGCAGGAUGAUCAGGACAAGAUCACCGAGAGCGAGUACAAGGUUCCCAUCGAGUUUUUGUUGGAUCGAAUCGAACGCGACGGGAAAGAGCAACAUAGUGUGCACGCAUUGCCGCUACCGUGGCAGCACUUUGUGGCGCUGCUCAAUCCGAGUGCUGCAGCGCGAAAGGACGAGGGAGAGAUGGAGAGAUACGUGGGGAACAAAUUCAUGGGACUACUGGACGCUUUGUUCCGCGCAAGGAUGUUUGCUCAGAACGCUGAUCGAGUUAAGCAGGCGGGUAGACCGGCGUUCAACGUGUUGAUCACCAAGAGGGCGAUGCAUCUAAUUCCGCGAUCGCAAGAGGAGUACUCUGGAUUGCAAGGGAAACGAGAGGAUGGAAAGGUGGGAAACUUGUCGAUCAACUCUCUCGGUUAUGCUGGAUUCAUGCUCACUAGGUCGGUGGAAGAACAACAGGCGUUGAAAGAUGUGCAAGGCGGUGUUGAGGAGGUGCUUCGCGUGACAGGUGUGCCUCCGGUCGAGGAUGUAACCGUUCAGGCUGGUUUGCCGACGACAAACAUGUAG